GCCGCUGUCUUGGGGGAGCCGCGGGCGAAGGCCCGGGAGCAGCGGGCCGCGGCCGACGCGAUGCUGUUCCCGGGGAGCGCUGGCGGCUCCCGCUGAGGAAGGCGGAGCACGGCGCUGCCUCCUCAGGCCCCCGGCGCCGCCUAUGUGCGCGUCCCUGGGCCCGGGUCCCGUCGCCGCGUUGCCCGCAGUGGCGCCGCCCUCGCCUCACGGGUCCUGGCGCUCCGGCGGCCGCCGGGACUGUGUCCCGCGCGAGGGGACGCGCCCGGGCGGCGCGGGCGUCUGGCAGGUCCAAGGGUAGCCAAGGAUGGCUGCAGCUUCCUAUGAUCAGUUGUUAAAGCAAGUAGAGGCCCUGAAGAUGGAGAAUUCAAACCUUCGACAAGAGCUGGAGGAUAAUUCCAAUCACCUUACAAAACUGGAAACUGAGGCAUCUAAUAUGAAGGAAGUCCUUAAACAACUUCAAGGAAGUAUUGAAGAUGAAGCUAUGGCUUCUUCUGGACAGAUUGAUUUAUUAGAGCGUCUUAAAGAACUUAACUUAGAUUGCAGUAAUUUCCCUGGAGUAAAACUACGAUCAAAGAUGUCCCUGCGAUCUUACGGAAGCCGGGAAGGAUCUGCAUCCAGUCGCUCAGGAGAGUGCAGUCCUGUUCCUGCGGGGUCCUUUCCAAGAAGAGGGUUUGUAAAUGGAAGCAGAGAAAGUACUGGAUAUUUAGAAGAACUUGAAAAAGAGAGAUCAUUACUUCUUGCUGAUCUUGACAAAGAAGAAAAGGAAAAAGACUGGUAUUAUGCUCAACUUCAGAAUCUCACUAAAAGAAUAGAUAGUCUUCCUUUAACUGAAAAUUUUUCCUUACAAACAGAUAUGACCAGAAGGCAAUUGGAAUAUGAAGCAAGACAAAUCAGAGUUGCAAUGGAAGAACAACUAGGUACUUGUCAAGACAUGGAAAAACGAGCACAGCGAAGAAUAGCCAGAAUUCAACAAAUAGAGAAAGACAUACUUCGUAUACGACAGCUUUUACAGUCCCAAGCAACAGAAGCAGAGAGGUCAUCUCAGAGCAAGCAUGAAGCCGGCUCACAUGAAGCCGAGCGGCAGAGUGAAGGCCCAGGAUUGGCAGAAAUUAGCGUGGCACCUUCUGGUAGUGGUCAGGGUUCAGCCACACGGAUGGACCACGAAACAGCCAGUGUUUUGAGCUCAAGUAGCACACACUCUGCUCCUCGAAGGCUGACAAGCCACCUGGGCACCAAGGUGGAAAUGGUGUAUUCAUUGUUGUCAAUGCUUGGUACUCAUGAUAAGGAUGAUAUGUCGCGAACUUUGCUGGCUAUGUCUAGCUCCCAAGACAGCUGCAUAUCCAUGCGACAGUCUGGAUGUCUUCCUCUUCUCAUCCAGCUUUUACAUGGCAAUGACAAAGACUCUGUAUUAUUGGGAAAUUCCCGGGGCAGUAAAGAGGCUCGGGCCAGGGCCAGUGCAGCACUCCACAACAUCAUUCACUCACAGCCUGAUGACAAGAGAGGCAGGCGUGAAAUCCGAGUCCUUCAUCUUUUGGAACAGAUACGAGCUUACUGUGAAACCUGUUGGGAGUGGCAGGAAGCCCAUGAACAAGGCAUGGACCAGGACAAAAAUCCAAUGCCAGCUCCUGUUGAGCAUCAGAUCUGUCCUGCCGUGUGUGUUCUGAUGAAACUUUCAUUUGAUGAGGAGCACAGACAUGCAAUGAAUGAACUUGGUAGGAAGGCUCCCCGGGGCAUUUCAUCACAGGAGCUAGGGCAGGGGCUUUCAGGGGGACUACAGGCCAUUGCAGAAUUAUUGCAGGUGGACUGUGAAAUGUACGGGCUCACUAAUGACCACUACAGUAUUACGUUACGACGAUAUGCUGGAAUGGCCUUGACAAACUUGACUUUCGGAGAUGUAGCCAACAAGGCUACCCUGUGCUCUAUGAAGGGCUGCAUGAGGGCACUUGUGGCCCAGCUGAAAUCUGAAAGUGAAGACUUGCAGCAGGUUAUUGCAAGUGUUUUGAGGAAUUUGUCUUGGCGAGCAGAUGUAAACAGUAAGAAGACAUUGCGGGAAGUUGGAAGUGUGAAAGCAUUGAUGGAAUGUGCUCUGGAGGUUAAAAAGGAAUCAACCCUCAAAAGUGUAUUGAGUGCCUUAUGGAAUUUGUCAGCACACUGCACUGAGAACAAAGCUGAUAUAUGCGCUGUAGAUGGUGCACUGGCAUUUUUGGUUGGCACACUCACUUACCGGAGCCAGACGAAUACGUUAGCCAUUAUUGAAAGUGGAGGUGGGAUAUUACGCAAUGUGUCCAGCUUGAUAGCUACAAAUGAGGACCACAGGCAAAUCCUAAGAGAGAACAACUGCCUACAAACCUUAUUACAACACUUGAAAUCUCAUAGUUUGACAAUUGUCAGUAAUGCAUGCGGAACUUUGUGGAAUCUCUCGGCAAGAAAUCCCAAAGACCAGGAAGCAUUAUGGGACAUGGGAGCAGUUAGCAUGCUCAAGAACCUCAUUCAUUCAAAGCACAAAAUGAUUGCUAUGGGAAGUGCUGCAGCUUUGAGGAAUCUCAUGGCAAAUAGACCUGCAAAAUAUAAGGAUGCCAAUAUUAUGUCUCCUGGUUCAAGCUUGCCUUCUCUUCAUGUUAGGAAACAGAAAGCCCUGGAAGCAGAAUUAGAUGCUCAGCAUUUAUCAGAAACUUUUGACAAUAUUGACAACUUGAGUCCCAAGGCAUCUCAUCGUAGUAAGCAGAGACACAAGCAAAGUCUUUACGGUGACUAUGUAUUUGAUGCUAGUCGACACGAUGAUAAUAGGUCAGACAAUUUUAAUACUGGAAACAUGACUGUCCUUCCACCAUAUUUGAAUACAACAGUGUUGCCCAGCUCCUCUUCAUCGAGGGGAAGUUUAGAUAGUUCUCGUUCUGAAAAAGAUAGAAGUUUGGAGAGAGAAAGAGGAAUUGGCCUAAGCAGCUACCAUCCAGCAACAGAAAAUCCAGGAACCUCUUCAAAGCGAGGUUUGCAAAUCUCUACCACUGCAGCCCAGAUUGCCACAGUCAUGGAGGAAGUCUCUGCCAUUCAUACUUCCCAGGAAGACAGAAGUUCCGGGUCUACCACUGACUUGCAUUGUGUGCCUGAUGAGAGGAAUGGGCUGAGAAGAAGUUCUGCUACCCACACUCAUUCCAAUGCUUACAAUUUCACUAAGUCAGAAAAUUCAAACAGGACAUGUUCUAUGCCUUAUACCAAACUGGAAUAUAAGAGAUCUUCAAAUGACAGUUUAAAUAGUGUCAGUAGCAGUGAUGGUUAUGGUAAAAGAGGUCAAAUGAAACCCUCAAUUGAAUCAUAUUCUGAAGAUGACGAGAGUAAAUUUUGCAGUUAUGGUCAAUAUCCAGCUGACCUAGCCCAUAAAAUACACAGUGCAAAUCAUAUGGAUGAUAACGAUGGAGAACUUGAUACACCAAUAAAUUACAGUCUUAAAUAUUCAGACGAGCAGUUGAAUUCUGGAAGGCAGAGUCCUUCACAGAAUGAGAGAUGGGCAAGACCCAAACACAUAAUAGAAGAUGAAAUAAAGCAGAAUGAGCCACGACAGUCAAGGAGUCAAAGCACAGCUUACCCCGUGUAUGCCGAGAACACUGAUGAGAAGCACCUCAAGUUCCAGCCACAUUUUGGACAGCAGGAAUGUGUUUCUCCAUACAGGUCCAGGGGAACCAGUGGGUCAGAAGGAAAUCGAGUGGGUUCUAAUCAUGCAGUUAAUCAAAAUGUAAACUCGUCCUUGUGUCAGGAAGAUGACUAUGAAGAUGAUAAACCAACCAACUAUAGUGAACGUUAUUCUGAGGAAGAACAGCAUGGAGAAGAAGAAAGACCAACAAAUUAUAGCAUGAAGUAUAAUGAAGAAAAACAUCAUGUGGAUCAGCCUAUUGAUUAUAGCUUAAAAUAUACCACUGACAUUCCUUCCUCACAGAAGCCACCAUUUUCAUUCUCAAAGAGUUCAUCUGCACAAAGCACUAAAAGUGAACACAUCCCUGCAAGCAGUGAGAACACAGCUACCCCUUCAUCUACCGCCAAGAGGCAGAAUCAGCUCCACCCGAGUUCAGCACAGAGUAGAAAUGCUCAGACCCAAAAAGCUACCGCUUGCAAAGUUCCCUCUAUCAACCAGGAAACAAUACAGACAUACUGUGUAGAAGACACUCCGAUAUGUUUCUCACGGUGCAGUUCAUUAUCAUCUUUGUCAUCAGCUGAAGAUGAAAUAGGGUGUGAUCAGACAACACAGGAAGCAGUUUCCACUAAUACUCUGCAGAUAGCAGAAAUAAAAGAAAACAGUGGAGCUAGAUCCACAGAAGAUCCUGUGAGUGAAGCUCCAGCAGUGUCCCAGCAUGUAAGAACCAAAUCCAGCAGACUCCAGGCUUCUGGUUUGUCGUCAGAAUCAGCCAGGCAUAAAGCUGUUGAAUUAUCUUCAGGGGCCAAGUCUCCCUCCAAAAGUGGUGCUCAGACCCCCAAGAGCCCACCAGAGCACUAUGUUCAGGAGACUCCACUCAUGUUCAGCAGAUGCACUUCUGUCAGUUCACUGGAUAGCUUUGAGAGUCGUUCUAUUGCCAGCUCUGUGCAGAGUGAGCCAUGCAGUGGAAUGGUGAGUGGCAUUAUUAGCCCCAGUGACCUUCCUGAUAGCCCUGGACAAACCAUGCCACCAAGCAGAAGUAAGACCCCUCCACCACCUCCUCAGGCAGUUCAAACCAAGCGAGAGGUACCCAAAAAUAAAGUUCCAACUGCAGAAAAGAGAGAGAGUGGACCUAAGCAGGCAGCUGUGAAUGCUGCGGUUCAGAGGGUCCAGGUUCUCCCAGAUGCUGAUACGUUAUUACAUUUUGCCACAGAAAGUACUCCAGAUGGAUUUUCUUGUUCAUCUAGCCUGAGUGCUCUGAGCCUCGAUGAGCCAUUCAUACAGAAAGAUGUGGAGUUAAGAAUCAUGCCUCCGGUUCAGGAAAAUGACAAUGGAAACGAAACAGAACCAGAGCAGCCUGAAGAAUCGAGUGAAAUCAAGGAGAAGGAGGCAGAAAAACCUACUGAUUCCGAAAAAGAUCUGUUGGAUGACUCAGAUGAUGAUGAUAUCGAAAUACUUGAGGAAUGUAUUAUUUCUGCCAUGCCAACGAAGUCAUCACGCAAAGCUAAAAAGCUAGCCCAGACUGCUUCAAAACUGCCACCACCCGUGGCAAGGAAACCAAGCCAGCUGCCUGUGUACAAACUUCUGCCAUCACAAAACAGGUUACAAGCACAGAAGCACGUUAGUUUUACCCCAGGGGAUGAUAUGCCACGGGUGUAUUGUGUAGAAGGGACACCCAUAAACUUCUCCACAGCCACAUCUCUCAGUGACCUCACAAUAGAAUCUCCUCCAAAUGAGUUAGCUGCCGGAGAAGGGAGUGGAGCAGGGGCACGGUCGGGUGAAUUUGAAAAGCGAGACACCAUUCCCACGGAAGGCAGGAGCACAGAUGAGGCGCAGAGAGGGAAUGCCUCAGCGAUGGCGAUGCCGGAGUUGGAUGACAAUAAAACAGAGGAAGGUGACAUUCUUGCUGAAUGCAUUAACUCUGCUAUGCCCAAAGGAAAAAGUCACAAGCCUUUCCGUGUGAAGAAGAUAAUGGACCAGGUCCAGCAAGCAUCUGUGUCUUCAUCUGGAGCUAACAAAAAUCAAUUAGAUGGUAAGAAAAAGAAACCCACUUCCCCAGUAAAACCUAUGCCACAAAGCACUGAAUACAGAGCACCUGUGAGAAAAAACACAGACUCAAAAAAUAAUUUAAAUGCUGAAAGAACUUUCUCAGACAAUAAAGAUUCAAAGAAACAGAACUUGAAAAAUAAUUCCAAGGACUUCACCGAUAAGCUGCCAAAUAAUGAAGAUCGAGUCAGAGCAAGUUUUCCUUUUGAUUCGCCUCAUCAUUACACACCUAUUGAAGGAACUCCUUACUGUUUUUCACGAAAUGAUUCUUUGAGUUCUCUAGAUUUUGAUGAUGAUGAUGUUGACCUUUCCAGGGAAAAGGCUGAAUUAAGAAAGGGGAAAGAAAACAAGGAAUCAGAAGCUAAAGCUACUAGCCACACGGAGCUGACUUCAAACCAACAAUCAACUAACAAGACACAAGCUAUCACUAAACACCCAGUAGGUCGAGGUCAGCAGAAGCAAUCCACUUUUCCCCAGCCAUCCAAAGACAUACCAGACAGAGGGGCAGCAACGGAUGAGAAAUUACAGAAUUUUGCUAUUGAAAAUACUCCAGUUUGUUUUUCUCGUAAUUCCUCUCUGAGUUCUCUCAGUGACAUUGACCAAGAAAACAACAACAAAGAAAAUGAACCUAUCAAAGAAAAUGAGCCCCCUGACUCACAGGGAGAACCGAGUAAACCUCAGGCAUCAGGUUAUGCCCCUAAAUCCUUUCAUGUGGAAGAUACACCUGUCUGUUUCUCAAGAAACAGCUCUCUUAGUUCCCUUAGCAUUGAUUCUGAAGAUGAUCUGCUGCAGGAAUGCAUAAGUUCUGCAAUGCCAAAAAAGAAAAAGCCCUCAAGACUCAAGGGUGAUAAUGAAAAGCAGAGUCCCAGAAAUACAGGUGGUGUCUUAGCUGAGGAUUUGACACUGGAUUUGAAAGAUAUACAGAGACCAGAUUCAGAACAUGGGUUAUCCCCAGAUUCAGAAAACUUUGACUGGAAAGCUAUUCAGGAAGGUGCAAAUUCCAUAGUGAGUAGUUUACACCAGGCUGCUGCUGCUGCGUGCCUGUCCAGGCAGGCUUCGUCAGACUCAGACUCCAUCCUUUCACUGAAAUCAGGAAUCUCACUGGGAUCACCAUUUCACCUUACACCUGACCAAGAGGAAAAACCCUUCACAAGUAACAAAGGCCCACGGAUUCUAAAACCUGGUGAGAAAAGUACCUUGGAAACUAAAAAAAUCGAAUCUGAAAAUAAAGGAAUCAAAGGAGGAAAAAAGGUUUACAAAAGUUUGAUUACUGGGAAAGUUCGAUCUAAUUCAGAAGUUUCAGGCCAAAUGAAGCAGCCCCUUCCACCAAACAUGCCUUCAAUCUCUCGAGGUAGGACAAUGAUUCAUAUUCCAGGAGUUCGAAAUAGCUCUUCAAGUACAAGUCCUGUUUCUAAAAAAGGCCCGCCCCUUAAGCCUCCAGCCUCUAAGAGCCCUAGUGAAGGUCAGACGGCCACCACUUCUCCUAGGGGGGCCAAGCCAUCAGCAAAGACAGAAUUAAGUCCUGUUCCCCGCCAGACAUCCCAAACAGGUGGGUCAAACAAAGGGUCUUCCAGGUCAGGCUCUCGAGAUUCCACUCCUUCAAGACCUUCCCAGCAACCACUGAGUAGACCUAUGCAGUCUCCAGGGCGCAACUCAAUUUCCCCUGGUAGAAACGGAAUAAGUCCUCCUAACAAACUAUCUCAACUGCCGAGGACGUCCUCCCCCAGUACUGCUUCAACUAAGUCCUCAGGUUCUGGGAAAAUGUCCUAUGCAUCCCCAGGCAGGCAGAUGAGCCAGCAGAACCUUACGAAACAAACAGGUUUGUCCAAGAAUGGCAGUUGUAUCCCAAGAAGUGAGUCUGCCUCCAAAGGAUUGAAUCAGAUGAACAAUGGCAAUGGAUCCAAUAAGAAGGUAGAACUUUCUAGAAUGUCUUCAACUAAAUCAAGUGGAAGUGAAUCUGAUAGAUCAGAGAGACCUGUGUUAGUACGCCAGUCAACUUUCAUCAAAGAAGCCCCAAGCCCAACCCUAAGAAGAAAACUGGAAGAAUCUGCUUCAUUUGAGUCUCUUUCUCCAUCUUCCAGACCAGAUUCUCCCACAAGGUCCCAGGCUCAAACUCCAGUGUUAAGUCCUUCCCUUCCUGAUAUGUCUCUGUCCACACACUCAUCUGUUCAGGCUGGUGGGUGGCGGAAACUCCCACCUAACCUCAGUCCCACUGUAGAGUAUAAUGAUGGCAGGCCCGCGAAGCGUCAUGACAUAGCACGCUCCCAUUCAGAAAGUCCUUCCAGACUUCCUGUCAACAGGUCAGGAACCUGGAAACGGGAGCACAGCAAACACUCAUCAUCCCUUCCUCGAGUAAGCACAUGGAGAAGAACUGGAAGUUCCUCUUCAAUUCUUUCUGCAUCGUCAGAAUCCAGUGAAAAAGCAAAAAGUGAGGAUGAAAAACAUGUAAACUGUAUUUCGGGAACCAAGCAAAAUAAAGAAAACCAAGUGUCCACAAAAGGGACAUGGAGGAAAAUAAAAGAAAAUGAAAUUUCCCCCACAAACAGUACUUCUCCGGCCACUUCCUCAGGUGCUGCAAAUGGUGCUGAAUCAAAGACUCUGAUUUAUCAAAUGGCACCCGCUGUUUCUAAAACAGAGGACGUUUGGGUGAGGAUUGAGGACUGUCCCAUCAACAACCCCAGAACCGGAAGAUCUCCCACAGGUAAUACUCCCCCUGUGAUCGACAGUAUUUCAGAAAAGGGAAAUCCAAACGGUAAAGAUUCAAAAGAUAAUCAGGGAAAACAAAAUGUGGGUAAUGCCAGUGCUCCCACGAAUACCAUGGGUUUGGAAAACCGUCUGAACUCCUUUAUUCAGGUUGAUGCCCCAGACCAAAAAGGAGCUGAGAUGAAACCGGGACAGAGUAAUCCUGUCCCUACCUCCGAGACUACCGAGAGCUCCUUAGCGGAGCGCACCCCAUUCAGUUCCAGCAGCUCCAGCAAACACAGUUCACCUAGUGGGACUGUGGCUGCCAGAGUGACUCCUUUUAAUUACAACCCCAGCCCUAGGAAAAGCAGCGCAGAUAGCACUUCAGCCCGGCCGUCUCAGAUCCCAACACCAGUGAAUAACAACACAAAGAAACGAGAUUCAAAAACCGACAGCACAGAAUCCAGUGGAACCCAAAGUCCCAAGCGCCACUCUGGUUCUUACCUUGUGACGUCUGUGUGAGAGAGCUGGGACGACGAUGGAGGAGUUCACGCGCUCAUUUUACUUGCUAGAUAGAAAUUCUGUUUCAAAUGAAACUAAAAGACUGAAAAAUUUUGUAAAUAGGUUUGAUUCUUGUUGGAGGGUUUUUGUUCUGGAAGCCAUAUUUGAUAGUAUACUUUGUCUUCACUGGUCGUUAUUUUGGGAGGCACUCUUGAUAGUUAAGAAAAAAAAAGGUAAAGCCAAGUAUAUUUGUACAGUAUGUUUUACAAGUAUUUAAGUAGAAUAUCAUCCCAUCAUCCUUUAAUUAUUGCUUGUCUUAACACUACAUAGAAAAUGAUAUAUUGCUGUUAUCAAUCAUUUCUAAUUAUAAACUGACUAAACUUACAUCAGGGAGAAAUUGGUAUUUAUGCAAAAAAAAAAAAACAAAACGUUUUAGUCCUUGUGAAUCCAUCUAAUGUCAUAACUAAUCAUGUGGCUAUGAAAUUCACAGAAAUAUGGUUCCCGGUGAACAAGUUUACCCAGCCUGCUUUGCUUUAUUGCAUGAAUGAAACUGAUGGUUCAAUUUCAGAAGAAAUGAUUAACAGUUCUGUGGUCACAUGAUGUGCAUAGAUAGCUACAGUGUAACAAUUUACACUAUUUUGUGCUCAAAACAACAACAAAAAUCUGUGUAACUGUAAAACAUUGAAUGAAACUAUUUUACCUGAACUAGAUUUUAUCUGAAAGUAGGUAGAAUUUUUGCUAUGCUGUAUCUUGUUGUAUAUUCUGGUAUUUGAGGUGAGAUGGCUGCUCUUUUAUUAAUGAGACAUGAAUUGUGUCUCAACAGAAACUUAAAAGGACAUUUCAGAAUAAAUUAUUGCUGUAUGUAAACUAUGACUGAAAUUGGUAUUUGUUUGAAGGGUCCUAUUUCACAUUUGUAUUAAUAAUUGUCAAAAGACCUCUUUAAAAAGCUUAUAUAAAUUUUUUUCUUCUGAUUCUAUGCAUUAAGAGUAACAUUCCUCUUACUGUAAUAAAAACAAUUGAAGAAGACUGUUGGCACUUAACCACUCCUGAAAUUUACUUCUCUUGAUUUGAUUAGCACUUCCAGGUGUGGAAUACUUUUUCCCUUUCUGUUACAUUACCUGACUCCACUGGAUCUCAGUGACAAUGAAAUCAUGCCACAGUGGCGUGAUCUACCCCACAUGGGAUCAGGCAUCGAACAUCAAAGGCCACGCAGAACUUUUUCUUAAUAGAAUUCUGUGCCUGAAAAAUUACUCUUAGGCACAAGUGGUCCCUUUACAGUGUGACUGUCUUGCCCCUUCCUAAUCCCCAUACUGUCACUGGGUCUGAAGUGAACACCUCUUUCCACUCUGUGUGUUACGGCACAGUACCCACCGCCAGGUAAAGCCAGCGUGUUACCAUGAUCAGAGAAUACAGCCCCAUGCGACAUCAGGGUAGAUUUGCUACCUAUCUAAUAUACUCAGCAGAAGAAUCUAAAUUCUCUGUUAAGGAGAGCUCUCUGUUUCAGUGGGUACAGUUGCAGGGUGUGUUUGAAGUGCCUCUAUGGCUGGAAGAGGCCUUCUUUAAGAACAGAGUGGUGCAGUUGUUAACAAAGAUAAUUUAUAUAUUAUAUAUUCCCUGAAUUUGUCCAAGGUUGGAGGGUCACCAUGAUGAUAAAUGCUCACAUUUGUUGAAUAACUGGGAGAAUUUAUUUUUAAAGAUAAAGAUCUGCAGUCUGUACUCAGGAAGGGAACAGACACUUAGGAGUGGUGGAGCACUGGGAAGAGGAGGGAGAAAGGACGAAUCACACCUCGCUGGUGCCCUAGAGACCUAUCCUGUAGUUACCUGUGCUCACAAGUUACAGAUGAAAUGCCAGUCAGUAAUAAAGUGCUGCGAUUUUAACUCGAUUAUGGAGAGAGAGGGGACAUUAGAAUUAAGUUACCUUUUAAUCCAGUGAAAGAGGUGGGGUGUUGUGAAUUCUGGAGAUGAAAGAAGAGUUCUCUCCCUGUGCCAGAAAAGUGAAUUCCUGCAGGCAGCACCAGCGGGAGACCCCUGGGCUCCACUGCUGCGGAGGUAACGGCCGUUGGAGGAGGUGACAGCCCUGGCCUAGAGAAAGGACAAGACAGGCCUGCUUCUGGAAGCCCACAGGAUGCUUCCAUGGCUGGGGGCAGGCCCCGGGGUCCCUGCUGAGGCCUGCUGUGCAGGACGUGGAAGCCUGGCGUGUGUUACUAAGAGGGUUGGUUGGUUUGGGGCUGUAGAGGUGAGGUGGAGGGGCAGUGUCCUAGCUCACUCUGGGCUGCAGCACACAAGUCUCGAGGCAGUGGUUUCCAAAUCAGGGCAUUGGAGUCCCCAGAAUGCUUAUUAAGACCUUACGGACCACAUCCCCGUAGGGACUGACCCCAGCUUUGUGGAGGAGCCCACGGGUGUGCAUUUCACUCGAGGCAGUGGUUUCCAAAUCAGAGUGCAUUGGAGUCCCCAGAAUGCUUAUUAAGACCUUACGGACCACAUCCCCGUAGGGACUGACCCCAGGUUUGUGGAGGAGCCCACGAGUGUGCAUUUCCAGCUGUGUGUUGGGAACUGAACUUGGAACCGCAGCCUGAGCUGUCCCAGGGAGCUCCCAUGCUUGCCCUCAGCUCGAGCAGUUCAGCAACUGACGCUGCAGUCUGACAGAGUACACCAACAAAAAAACUUCCCACUCUAAGCAAAAGAUUUGACUGUUGAGCUUUCCAACCCAGAUAGAGCCCAUCUCAACUCCCAAGAGCAGGCAAACUUGGCAGACAUGGAUAAACAGGGUCUGAAGGCUCAGCUGAUGGUCCCUUUGAAGCAGUGUGUUGGAGAAAGCUGUUCAGCCUUCCGUGAACACCUGGGUGCACAUAAGACCAGAAGAAACUGACAGCUUUGGGAUGAGAAAAGAAUGAUUUCACUUGAAGGGAAAAUGUGUACAGUGGAUUAACAUGCAGUGAUAACCAGUUAAUUGGGAAUCGGAUUGAUGUUUGAGGAUAAACUACCGAUUACCAGGCACUAAAAGGAAAGGUACUGCAAGGGACAGAAUGAAACGAUGUAAAAGUCAAGUCCCAAAAGGGUACAGUCAGAGUUUCUUGGUUGUGUGCUACCCCAGAUUAAUCAAAUGAAGGGGUGGAGUCCAUUGCUGAGGACAAGGAGAUCCCGAUGCACUCUCCAAAUCCCUGUAGUGGUUUCUUCCUAGGGAAGGAAAAGGGUGCCUGGAAUGGGAAAGGUGCCUCACCCAGAGCUGCAGAAGUAGUCAGAUCAUUAGUGGAUACCAAAUAAAAAUAAUUCCUCAAAGGUCAUGACUGAAAUAGUGUAUAAUUUUUUUCAUUUCUAAUAAGCCCAUCUCCUUCCUGUUGUGCUGACUAAAAUACUCCUUUGUAAUGCUGAAACCCAUGGACUAUGGCUACCCAGGUCAUCUUCCUGCCAUUCUCAUAACUCUGUGGUCUAUGAAAUAUAUUCUGCUUUUUGUUAGACCGUUGAUGCUUCUUUCAACCUGUAUGUUUUAUAUGUAUAAUAUUGUUCUUGGUGCUAAAUACACUUUACUUUUCUCUGA